AUGCCUGGCGGCCUUGGUGGCCUUGGAUCAAGCAUUGGCCAAAAGCUGAGACAACAGGGUGCCCGUCUUGCCAUCCUGUACGCACCAUUCGAAGCUGCACGUCGCGAUGAGCUUCUCGAAUCUGGGUACGGCGCGAGCGGUAAUUUAGAUGACAUCCACACCUAUGAAUGCGACAUCACCUCACCAGACUCCGUGCAGACGGCCUUCGACUCUCUAGAGAAACAAUUAAUCGACUCAGCCUCCUCUGCGUCUCAAAAAGCCUUCCCCAAAACACUGAAACAUCUCACCACUAAUAUCUAUGGCCCGAUGCUCUGCUCUCAAGCAUUUGCUCGACUCUAUUUCGCCGCAUCUGAGGCGGCCGAAUCAUCCCCGAGCCCUCCACCACCGGGAAGAAUCGUCAGCAUUUCAUCUCAGGCGGCACAUGCCGCGCUGCAUCGACAUGGCGCAUACUGUGCCUCGAAAGCUGGGCUUUUGGGUUUGACGCGCACUUGGAAGGAAGGCUUGGGGGAGGAGAAUGUCCGGAAGGCUUUCUUGGCGAGUAUACCGACGGGCAAGUUUGCGCUUCCGGAGGAAGUUGCUGAUUCUGUGCUAUUUCUUUGUCAGGAUUCUAGUGGCAUGAUCAAUGGCGCGGAUAUUAGAGUGGAUGGUGGUUUUACCGCCAGAUAA